AUGGCAGAGUCUCGGUGCUGGGGCAUCCGGGAAUACUGUAUGGACGCACUGGAGCUACCUAAUACUACAGCCCUGGGACCUGAUAUCACCCGUCUGACUGCCGUAGAAUGGGAACUGGAGCAGGAAUACGAGAACUUACGAAAAGCAGUUUAG